AUGAAGGCCAUCCCUCUGGUCCCGGGCGUGCUGGGGCAAGGCUUGGUCCCCGCUCAGGCAGUCACCCGAGCAAUCGAGUCCUUACAGACGGCGGCGAAACCGGGGGCUGGCACUUCUCACUUGGCAGAGGAGAAGGCUGCCAAGAUGAUGGGCGCCAAGGACGUGGAGGCGGGGAUGCACAUGGACGAGCUGGAGAUCAACGACUAUCCGCAGAUCGCGCGGCAGAAGAUUACCCACCGGGAUCCGCUGGUGGCCAUCGAGGAGAUGACCGGCUGCAAGCUCCAGGUGCGGGGCCAGCACUUCACCUCGGCCAGGCAAAUGCCGGAAGGUGGAAAGAAGCUUUUCGUGGAGAUCGUCGGCCCCACGCAGGUGGCGGUGUCCAAGGCCAAGCACGAGAUCUUCAAGAUGAUGGAGGCCCUGGCCAUCCGCACCCUGAACAUCCCCGGCAUGACCCGGGCCAUCGGGGGCGCCCCCGGAAAGCUGGCGGGCCCAGCGCAAACUGCGAGCUAA